AUGGCCAGACACAAGCUUCCUGAUAGACCGCCGAAUGGUAUUGGAGCUGGCCAGAGACCUUCGAUGCGUCCAAAGCCGCUGAAUAUCGACGCUGCUCAUGCCGUUCUAGCCAAACCUUUCAAAGUGCCACUCAAAUCAAUUUCACCCAACGUUGCCGCUGGUGCUCGCCGCACCACUCGAAAGAGAAAUAGACCCGCAACCUAUGCAGAGCCCGGCUUAUUGGAAAAUGACCUUGUGGCAGAUGCUGACGAAGACUUGUACCAAGACGCCCCUACACAAUCACAGAAAAAACGCGUUGACGCCCUUUCUGCCUGUCGCUUAUCUCAGGAUUCAGACCGUCUGCGAAACAUCGAGUACACACUCAAAAGAUCGUUUACUGUCCCGAUCAAAGGAUAUGUGUCUCGACAUAAUUUCUCCCUUUCCCUAGGAACAAAACCAAAAAUCGUUUUGGAGCCCAGACCACUUCACGAUCCCUACGAUGAGCUUGCAAUUGUGCUUUACGACCCUAGUGUUGAUGGACAAACUCCGCAGAUUAUUCAAGAGCAAAUGAAUCCUACAGUUACUGAGGAUACAAAGUCUCAGAAGGGAAAGAAAAAACCUGAAGCACACAUAAAGCAAGAUAUCCCACUUCCGAGCACUCCGACCUUUGCCUCACAAAUCAAUCGCAAAAAGCUGUCAAAUGGACUGCCCAAUAAGACAUUAGCGGAACUUCUGGGACGUACGAAUGUGGAGCAAAAAGAGUUUGCAAGCGUUCCCGUCGUUAUCGAUCCGCUACUAGCUAAGGUUUUACGUCCUCACCAGGUCGAAGGUGUCAGAUUCUUAUAUCGUUGUGUUACGGGUUUGGUGAUGAAAGACUUUCUGGAUCAGCAAAGUGUAUUGAAACAAGCCGAUCGAGCUAUUACAGGUGAUAAUACGUCAUCAUCUGCUUCGACUCCCGUCCCUUCUUUAGUGCCUGAGACGGGUGAGCAUUCAAAUGUCGAUGAUCCGGAACAAAGCGCCAUUGUUACCGCGCAAAACAGAGGCGCAUAUGGUUGUAUUAUGGCGGACGAGAUGGGAUUAGGGAAAACUCUUCAAUGUAUUGCCCUACUCUGGACAUUGCUGCGGCAAGGACCGCAGGGCAAAAGAACAACUGAAAAAUGCAUAAUCGUGUGCCCUUCUUCACUAGUGAACAACUGGGCCAAUGAACUAGUUAAAUGGCUGGGAAAGGGGAUUUGUCCCGCUUUGCCAAUCGACGGAAGGAAAAGCUCAUUGAACAAUGGAACGGUUGCAGAUGCAGUUCGCUUGUGGGCUUCCGCACAGGGCAGAAAUGUAGUCAAGCCUGUGCUCAUUAUUUCCUAUGAAACCCUUCGGCGUAACGUUACGUUUUUGCGGAAUGCUAACGUGGGUUUGUUACUAGCAGACGAAGGUCAUCGUCUAAAAAAUGCAGAAUCCUUGACGUUUACGUCACUUAACAGCAUCGACUGCCCCAGGCGUGUCAUUUUAUCAGGUACUCCAAUUCAGAAUGAUCUCUCAGAGUACUUUGCAUUACUAAACUUUUCAAAUCCAGGCUUGUUGGGCUCGAGGAAUGAGUUUAGAAGAAACUUCGAGCUUCCCAUUCUGCAAGGUAGGGAUGCCGAGGCCGACCCUGCGGAGAUCGAGAAAGGUGACAAAAAAUUACAAGAACUAUCCAACAUAGUGUCUAAAUUCAUCAUACGGCGUACUAACGACAUUUUGUCAAAAUAUCUGCCUUGCAAAUACGAGCAUGUUAUAUUCGUGAAUCUGAAACCUUUUCAAAAGAACGUUUAUGAACAGAUGAUCAAGUUGCGAGAGUCCCAAAUCAAGAAUAAAGAUGGUGAAAAGGGCUCGAACAAAGGAGAGCAGCCAUUAAAGCACAUUGGAAUGCUAAAAAAGCUCUGCAACCAUCCAGACUUGCUACAGCUCCCUGAAGAUAUUGAAGGAUCGCAAGACUUGAUACCCGAUGACUACCAAAACUCAACCAUAGCAAAACGCGGCAGUAGCGAAGUACAAACCUGGUUUUCAGGCAAGUUCUCGGUUCUGAAGCGCUUUCUGCAUAAGAUCAAAAAGGAGUCUGAUGACAAGAUAGUGCUGAUCUCUAAUUACACUCAAACUCUUGAUUUGAUAGAGCGCAUGUGCAGAGCCAGCAAUUAUGCUGUCGUGCGGCUUGACGGAACUAUGAAUAUAAACAAACGUCAAAAACUUGUGGAUCGUUUCAACGAUCCAGAAGGUCAAGAAUUCAUAUUUCUUUUGAGUUCCAAAGCUGGUGGCUGUGGUAUCAAUCUUAUCGGCGCAAAUAGACUUAUUCUGAUGGAUCCGGACUGGAAUCCGGCCGCAGACCAGCAGGCACUGGCUCGUGUUUGGAGAGACGGUCAAAAGAAAGAUUGUUUCAUUUACAGGUUCAUAUCUACCGGUUCGAUUGAGGAGAAAAUUUACCAGCGUCAGUCCAUGAAAAUGAGUUUGAGCUCUUGUGUCGUGGACGAAAAGGAAGACGUUGAGAGGCUGUUUAGCGCUGAGAGCUUGAAACAACUGUUUCAUCUGAGAAAUGACACCGUCUGUGACACACAUGAAACUUACCAGUGCAAAAGAUGUCAUAAUUGUAAACAGAUGAUCAAACCCACAACAAUGCUUUACGGUGAUCCAACUACUUGGAAUCAUCUUAAUCAUGAAGCUUUGAAGUCCACAAACGAUCACUUGCUGCAGAACGAAGCCCAGUUCCAAGACAUCAGCUAUGUCUUCCAAUACAUCUCACAUUAG